AUGAGGACCCUUAAACUUCAACUCGACUACGUUCUGGCAAGGAACAUUCCUCAGUCAAAUAUCCGAAAAUCUAGAGCCGUUUGGGACGUCGCGUUCGACUCUGACCACCGUCCAGUUCUUCUCAACUUCAAGACCUCGAACGGGAAUCAGGGUGGACGCACAACCGACAGAACUCGUCGUGAGUUCCGUUACCUGGGCUGUACGCUGAAGAACAACGGCAGCUACGAGAAUGAUAUUCAGCAAAGAUGCACUAAGACCACUUCUGCAUUUACCUCCUUAACGAAAUGCUUGUGGUCGACCCCUAUCACCAACGAAGUCAAGCUGCGAGUCUACCUAUCCGCAGUUCGCCCCAUCAUGAUGUACGGAUCGGAUACUUGGGCAGCACCAUCUACGGUGAUGGAGAGGCUUGUCUGCACGGAACGAAAGCUGCUUGGACGGCUACUUGGCUACUUUUGA